CGCCGGUUCGCGGUGAGCGCGGCCCGCCGAGCCCCCCCUGAGCCGCCUGUCGCCCGCAGGGCGCGGAGCCUGGUGCGCAGCGGGCUGCUGCGGAAGCCGCUGUGGCUGGACGUGUACGCCGCGUUCCCGCCGCUGCGCGAGCCCGUGUACCGCGUGCCGCGGCCGCGCUACCGGAGCCGGGACCCCAUCGGCGCCGUGCUCUACCGGGAGGACACCGUGCGAGCGUGCGUGCGGGGACCGGGCUGGGGGGACCGGGGCUGGGGGAGCCGGGGGG